AACAUCGCCAUUCUCCUCUCAUGAUGUAUCCCCCCAAAGAUAGCUCUUAUAGCAGAGGGCGACGAGCGUACCAUGGUUCUGUUCUUCAACCUCUACACCACAUUUCAAAUCCGUACGUCUCCACUAGAUCGUUGGGACGUCGUAUACGUCACUACAUCAAAUGCGCAGUCAAUCCCCGCAAAGUUUCCAACGAGACCGGAAGUCCGCAUAGUUCCUCCAAAACUCCCAACCAGUCCCCCGAAGGCAGAAUAGAACCGCCUGACGAUAAGGCUCGUUCGGGGAAUUCCUUCCCACCAAAAGACACUCUACCUCAUCUACUCCCAAAUGGCAUGAUCCGAGCCUUAGAACUUCUGCCAGGGGAAAGCGGGCCUGUCGAAUCCGAGCUUAUACCAGUCUCCCUCGCCGAUAGCGAACAAUACGAAGCCCUCUCCUACGUCUGGGGCCGUCAAGACCACAACAAGAUCGUGAUCGUUGAUGGAUUUGAACGCAAGGUCACGCCGAACCUGGAGAGUGCUCUUCUCCGUCUUCGCCAUCCUACGGCAAGGAGGCGGCUGUGGAUCGAUCAGCUUUGCAUCUCGCAAUGGGAUCAAAGUGAGAAGGCUCAACAGGUGGGGCUGAUGCGCGAUAUCUAUAGAGGCUGUACCGAAUGCCUCAUCUGGUUGGGGGAGAUUGAUGAGGAAUCAGAAGGGUUCACGAUGAAUGAUGUGUCAGCGGCAAUAGAUGUUGUCAAUUGGCUCGCGGUCGAGGGUCUUCCAGAUUGUGAGAUACCGUCAACACUUUCUUCAGACGCUGCAUUCGAAGGAGUCCUUAAAGCUCUCAGAAGCUUGGUACUUAAUUCGUGGUGGUCGCGUAUCUGGACCGUGCAAGAAGCAGUUCUCCCUCCCCAAUUGACCAUCAUCUGGGGUCCGUUCUGUGUAGCAUUUGUACAAGUAAAAAUGGCAGCACAGAACGCAAAUAGAGGCUAUUUCUCCAAAGAGUUACGAUCGUUCCCUCACUUCUGGCAGUUCCGUGUCAUCCUGCACACUUUCACGACUCUUGUUCUCGGGUUGGAAGUCGCGAAAACUGGGGAGGAGGCUUUGAGUGCUCUCCAACGAUGGCGAUACCGCGAUGCUAGUGAGCCUUUGGAUAAGGUCUAUGCUCUCCUGGGGCUUUUCCCGAGCGCACCAUUUCCUAGUAUCCAUUCUUGCGACUAUGAGUCUCCAGUGAGUACGGUCUACACCCGGGUCACACUAGACAUGAUUCGCGAAGAGAAGGGUCUGAGACCAUUGAUCGGCAGGAGAGGAGAACCACAAAUGACCCAGAAUCUGCCAACAUGGGCUCUUGAUUUGGUUCAAUAUCCGGACAGUACCAGGCAGUGGCGGAUGUGGUGGGGUCACUCGUACCGAUACGAAUUGUUCAGAGCUGAUGGUAUGAAACGGCUUGAACUCAACUCGCUUCAGAACGAAACUAUUCUAUCAGUCGUUGGGGUACAGGUGGAUACCAUUACAAAAGUUGGCAAUGUCGUUACCGAAGCAGAGUUGGGUGAUCUAAGUCACAUCCAACUCAACAGCAUUAUCUCAGAAUGGGAAGAGAUGCUCACCCGACACGUAUCGCAAAGCGCUACUCCACUAUAUCCCAAAGAUUCCAUCACGUGGAAUGAUGCAUUUUGGAGAACCAUGCUUGGAGAUAUCAUCAUUAACAAACCCCCGUAUCGCAGAGCAAUUUCGGCACACCGCGAACAGUAUAACGAUUUUCGUUUAGCUAAGUCUCAAAAUAAUCUUUACCUUUCGCUACGUGAUAUGGUUGUGAAUCAAGCAUUCUUCAUCACACGGAACGGGUAUAUUGGGCUUGGGCCCCCUACUAUCCAGCAAGGCGAUGAAGUUUGGGUGCUGUUCGGUGGUCGGGUGCCUUUUACUUUGAGACCCAAACCAGUGGAACUUGUUUCCGACGACAAUACCCAAUUCGUGAAACAUGAGUUCGUGGGAGACGCUUAUGUUCAUGGGAUCAUGGACGGUGAAAUGGUGGUUCCACUAAGGAAUCCAGCACCAAAUCAUAUCAACCUUUGGGUGUUGCACCCUGGCCCGGUGCCGAAAGCAAAACUGCUUGUGCGAACUUUUUUGUCACCGCCCACUUUUGUUACCUUAUUUUAUCAGCCUUUUAAGUGUAGGAAACACUUCAGCUUCUCAUUAAAAAGCAACCCCCCCAAUCAAUCUUAUCUAAGAGUAAAAGAAUAAACCUCGGCGCACGAAAUUAUACACCGAGUGUUUGCACAACAUCUCAUUGAUCGCAGUGAUACACAUCUAUAUCUAGCAAAUCAAAAGACUCUUAUGCCAAUCUCGAUCAAACAUGGGACUCACUACCUGCUGAUUGUCAACUUGAGUUGUAUCAGUCUUCGUUGAGCAUUCCAGGACGAACUGCUGGUGGUGCGCUUGCUCAUGCAGAGAUGAUCGAGCCGAAGUAGCUCGUUGAAUCCAUACAU